AAAUGGGACGUGGCACCCUGCUCCCCAAAUCGCACGGGACUCUGCAGCCAUCCCAUGGAAAGGGGGCAGAAAAUUGCAAAUCUGGGUGAUUUCUCCCCAAGCAAGUGUCAGCUCGGGCUGCCGGGGAGGCGAAACACACAGGGCUCUAUUGAGAGUGCGAGGGACAAAUAAAAAAAGGGAAAAAAAAUUGCCCGGGCUUAGGGCCAGCAGCACGGAGGGACGUGCCCGGAGCGGGACCGCAAGGCAGAGCAGGGCCCCGCAGCCGGCCCGAAAUGUGGGGAGCUGUGGGCACCCCGCGCCUGCUGCCCGCCGCCUGGCUCCUGGCUCUGCAUGCAGGUAGGGGCGGCUGGCACCGCCUGCACCGCGCUGCUUUCCGCUCUUUCUUUUUUCGCCGCAAUGGGGUGGGACGGAAUGUAAUGGGGGAUUUGUUCGGGGACGGUUAGGGGGCGGUGGGGUGGAUGGGUGCUGCUACCUCUCUUGGCAGAGGGGUGGAAAGGGGGAAAUCGGGGCUGAAAGAUACGAAAAGAACUCCGUUGCAGGAAAGUGGGCUGUGCUGUGGGAGGGGGGAAGGGGGGCGGCCCCCCGUGCUCUGGCAGCAGCUCCUUGGCUUCCCCAGCUCUUUUCUUGCUCACUCUUCACCUUCCCCUCACAGCCCUUUGGUUGCCCCUGUUAUCUCCCGUUACCCCCAUCCCGCUGCAGCUCACCCCAAAGUAUCACAAAUUCCCUAAAUCCCCCCCAGAAAACUGAUUGUGGGGACUCAGCACCCCCUGAGGUACUAGCCCCCACCCUGGGCCUGGUGCAGGAAGGCAGCUGCUGUUUUGCACCCUUUCUCUGAAAUUUGGACCCAUAAGGAGCACAGAUGAUGUCGGACUGAGGAUGCAAAUUGCAUCAGUUUUGAACUCCAAAAUUUAUUACAUGGAGUGGAGGGGGUGGGGUUGAAGAAAUCAUUGACCUUUUGGGGAAGCAUUAGAGUUUUGGAGAGGUUUGUGUGAUGCUCUCUAAAUCCCUCCCUUUAUCCCCCCAAAAACCUGAAAAAACAAAGCAGUGGGAUUAAAACAGGCACCCAGUUGUGUUUGAGGGAUGGGGCAGGGGUUGCAUCCUAGACCUCCAGCCAGAUUUUCCCCCAGAAUUUCACCCCGCAGUGCCUUUUCAAGGCUGAGCUUCAUGGCUGUUGGGGAGGGCGGAUGGACGGAUGCUGCAUACCAAUAGGUCCCGUGACUUUCGAGCUUGUUUAAACCCUUUCUUGCUCUGCUCGCCUCCCUCCUCACCCUCCCCAGCUGAUUUCCCCUGUUCAGUCUGAUAUUUGUUCACCUCUGAGUGAUGCCAUCUGGACAGAGAAUCAUGAAGUCCCCAAAUUGGUGGAGAUAGGAGUUUUGGGGAGUAAACCCAUUAUUUAUGUAUUUAUUUCUUUUUCUCCAAAGAACAGUUUUGUAAGCUGUUUGUUGCUUGCUUUGAGCUCAGCUAGUUUGCAUUUCCCCAUGGGGUGAUGGGGACUGAUGGGUCCCUUUGAAACUGGGACACGGGGACUCAAUCCCCUUCUCUGUGGCUGUGCACAGAGGGAGGAGUGUUGGCUGCACAAGAGCAUCCUCUACAGGGGGUGCAGUGCAAAAAUGUCAUCCCUGUGCAUGCAUCUUUGCCACGAGUUGCAUCAGACCCGCAGUGCACCUUGCAAGGGUUGCAUCCACUCCGCUGUGCAUUUGGAAAGGGAUUCACCAACCCCACCAACGCACUUCUUGUCAGUACUUCAAUGCACUUUGCAAAUGAUUGCAUCGACCCUGAUGCAACCAAUGCAUCAACCCCCUCCAAUGCAUUUUGCAGAGAGCUGCAUCAACCCUUGCAAUGCACUUUUUUGAGGCAACGCACGCGUUUUUUAAGAACUCCCUGCAAACAAUGGGGGUGCUGCAGUCGAGGGCUUCUUGGGGAUGCCUGCCGCAGCUCCGGGAGGGGAUUUCCCCUUUUUCGGAGAGCCGGGACGCGGCGCCCGCUGUCUCCCCCCAUCCCCAGGUCUGCUGGCGGGGGUGAACAUCACCAGCCCGUCGGCACUGGUGCGCGGCACGGCAGGCAAAGCGGCGCUGCUGUCAGUGCGCUACGCCAGCGCCAGCCCCGACAAACCGGUGGUGAAGUGGCAGCUGAAGCGGGACAAACCCGUCACCGUCGUCCAGUCCAUCGGCACCGAGAUCAUCGGCAACCUGCGGCCCGACUACCGAGACCGCAUCCGCGUGCUGGAGAAUGGCUCUCUGCUCAUCAGCCCGCUGCAGCUGGCCGACGAGGGCAGCUAUGAGGUGGAGGUCUCCAUCACUGAUGACACCUUCACUGGCGAGAAGACCAUCAACCUCACUGUGGACAUCCCCAUCUCAAAGCCACAAGUGUUGGUGGCCUCCUCAACAGUGCUAGAGCUCAGCGAGUUCUUCACCCUCAACUGCUCACACGAGAAUGGCACCAAGCCCACCUACACCUGGCUGAAGGAUGGGCGGCCGCUGAACAACGACUCCCGCCUCCUCCUCUCCCCUGACCAGAAGAUCCUCACCAUCACUCGUGUCCUCAUGGCAGAUGAUGACAUCUACAGCUGCCUGGUGGAGAAUCCCAUCAGCCAGGGCCGCAGUGUCCCCGUGAAGCUCACUGUCUACCGCCGGAGUUCCCUCUACAUCAUCCUUUCUACGGGUGGCAUCUUCCUGCUCGUAACUCUGGUGACUGUUUGUGCCUGCUGGAAACCUUCCAAGAAGUAUGGCUUGGGGGAAUACAGGAGACAAAGGGAUCCUUCUCCUAACCUAUCCCAUCCUAUCUUCCCUGAUUCUAUCCCAUCCUAUCCUUCCCUUCUCCAUUCCAUCUUGUCGCGUCUCGUCCCAUUUGCUCCCCUCCCUUGUAAUCCUGCUCCAUUCUGUCUCAUUUCAUCCUAUUUAAUUCCAUCUCAUCCCAUCCCAAAUUGCCCCGUUCUGUCCUUUCUCACCUCAUCCCAUUACAUCCCACGUCACCCAGUUCUGUCCCAUCCUGUCCUAUCCCAUCUCACCCUGUUCCACUCUCCCUAUAGCACCAUGGUCACCCAUGGCUGUGUUUGGGGCCAUUCUCUCAUUAGUCUCAUUACCGUCACCGCCACGGCAGUGACCAUGACCAUCAGCAUCAACACCAACAUGACCGUGACCAUGACCACCACCAUGACUGUCACGGUUACUAUAAUUUUGACCCAUGACCACCAUCAUCACAGCCUCUGUUCACUCUCCAGACCGAAGCAGCAAGCAGAGCCACCUCCCCCUGACUACACAGAGCAGGAUGAGGAGCACCCCAAGCACGAGGCUGAGACCGUCCCGCGUGGUGCCGACCAUGAUCGCAAGACCCCCCUGGCCCUCUACAUCCUCAAGGAGCAGGACACUGCAGCACCUCAGGAGGAUUCAUCACCACCCGCUGGGCGCUCACCAGGACGCGGGGCUCGCCGCUACCAUCGCUCACCUGCUCCAGCCCGGCCACCCCGCUCACCCCCCGGCUCCCCUGCGCGAUCCCGCUCUGCUGCGCGCCUGCUGCGGGCCACCGGGGUCCCUGCCAUCCGUGAACAGGAGGAAGGCAGCGCCCUGGAGAUCAGUGCCUGAGCUAGCGGUGGUGCUGGGGAACACGUGCAUGGCCCGGCCUGGCCCAGGCGUGGAGGGGUGACACAGGGCAUGGUGGAAAGUCACUAAUUUGGUAUUGAACUUUGCCGGAGCUGCACCCUUCCACUCUGUUGGGGCGCUGGGGUGUUGCUGUAGUGGCCGUGGGGCCGGGUGUGGGGCGCAUGGGGAGCACGCACACACACAUGCAUGGGACAUAUGUGGAGCAUGCACAGAGAGCCCAUGCCAUCUGCAGAGAAAGUGAGCAUGGAGCACACGGAGUGAGUGUGCACAGAGCGUGCACAGAACAUGCAGAGAGCACAUAUGUGGUGUGCAAAGAGAGCGUGCAGGAGCAUAUGCAGGAGAAUGCUGAGAGUGUGCUCAGAUUGUGUGGGGAUAUCACGAACAGAGCAUGCAGAGAGAUGGUGCAUGAAAUAUAUGGAGAGAACAUGCAGAUAGAGUGUGCACAGAGCCUGCAAGAGAAUGUGCAUGGACUGAGUGGAGAGAGCAGCCUGGAGUAUGGAGAGAGGGCAUGUACAAAGGACGCAAGAGAGCAUGCACAGGAGUGUAUUGACAGAAUGCACACAGCGUGCAAAGGUAGCGUGCAAGAGCACAUAAAUAAAACAUGUCAAAAGCGUGUCAAGAGAGCGUGCACCAAGCAUGCAGCUAACACCAGACAGACUGCAUAGCAGAAGUACUUGUGCAGAAUGUGUGCAUGGCAUGUGCAUGGAGCAUGCAGGUAAGUGUGCAAUUUGCAGAGAGUGUGCCAGCAUUUGGAGUAUUCUCCAAAUGUGCAUGGAGCAUGUAGAGAGCAUAAGUGUUCAGAAAGCAUGGGGCGUGCGGAAGGAGCGUGCAUGGAGUGUGGGAGAAGAACAUGCACAGAGCAUGCACAUGUUAUGCAUGUGCAAGAGCACUGUGCACAUGACCACAACCCUAUGCACGCAGUUGGUGUGCCGGCUCCCAUGCGCACGCACACCCACAACACCAGCGGAAAGGCCCCCAGCCCUCUGGCUGCACUGUACCCAAACAUGGGCCCAAGUCCCAGCAGUGAGCAGUGCCCUUGCAGCCACCAGCCACCCUCUGCUGCCUCUGGAUUUUCUGUGAAAAUCUCCUGUUUUUCAGCGCACCCACAUGCAUUGCUGCAGGAUCCCCAAGAGUAGGUUUAGGACAGAGCCGAAGGGCCGGGGCGCCAGAGCAGGUGCUGGGGCAGCCCGUGGUGCUCAGCGUGAGCAAGCACUCGUGGAUGCUACUAACCAAUAAACUCCAUGUGUUACCCA